AUGGAUUCCAGAAACGCGGCAGCUAGACAUGAUCAUGACCUUGAACAACUCUUCUUCCUAAAUCUCAUCAUUGUCACAGCGCCUAGUGCUAAGGCAAAAUCUGCUCCUACUUGUGGGACUCUUUGUGUGGCCUGCCGGUUGGGGAUCGAUUCCGGUGCAGGAGGUAUGCGGGGCCUCAACGGCUCCCUUUCAGAAAGGCAACUGCGAAUGGAGGUUAGUUGUGUUGAGAUGGCGAACGACUGUAAGGAUGAAGGCGAUUCGACAGUCCAUUACCUCCAAGACACGUGGGAUUUCUUUGUGUUCAAUUACAACGUCGGUAAUGAUUGGACCCAACGUAUGCAAAAAGUUACCGAUUUCAACACGGUUGAACAUUUUUGGAGAACCAUGGUCCAUACUCUAGCCCCAUCUGAUAUUCCUAACGGCACCGAUCUCUACGUGUUUAAGAGAGGUAUUAAACCCAUGUGGGAAGAUCCAAUGAAUGAAAAUGGAGGUCGCUGGUUGAUCCAAGUUCUCCCCGAUGCUGAUGUUAACUUUUAUUGGGAAGAACUCUUGAUGCUGAUUGUUGGAAACGCUUGGAAGACAGAUGAAGAUUCGAGCGAAAUAUGCGGUGUUGUUUUUCAACCCAGAGCUCGUGGGUCUCGCAUCAGUUUGUGGACAUCAAAUUGGAACAACAAAGAUGCUCAGAUCAGGAUAGGCAACCGUGUGAAAGAAGUCCUUAACUAUCCCGAAUCCCUCCUUUACCAAACCGUGGAUCAACAGAAGAAUCUACCCAAGGGUCAGGAUCUUGAUACAAGUACUUACAAGGUGGUUAAUCGUGUCGAAAUGGCGAACGAUGGUAAAGGCGAAGGUGAUUCGGCAGUCCAUUACCUCCAAGACACAUGGGAUUUCUUUGUAUUCAAUUACAACAUUGGCACUGAUUGGACUCAACGUAUGCAAAAAGUUACUGAUUUCAACACGGUUGAGGAUUUUUGGAGUACCAUGUUCCACACUCUAGCACCAGCUGAUAUUCCUAACGGCACCGAUCUCUAUGUAUUUAAGAGAGGUAUUAAACCCAUGUGGGAAGAUCCAAUGAAUGAAAAUGGAGGUCGCUGGUUGAUCCAGGUUCUCCCCAACGCGGAUGUUAACUUUUACUGGGAAGAGCUCUUGAUGCUGAUUGUUGGAAACUCCUGGAAGACAGAGGAGGAUUCGAAUGAAAUAUGCGGUGUUGUUUUCCAACCCAGAGCUCGUGGGUCUCGCAUCAGUUUGUGGACAUCAAAUUGGAACAACAAAGAUGCUCAGAUCAGGAUAGGCAAACGUGUGAAAGAAGUCCUUAACUAUCCCGAAUCCCUCCUUUACCAAACCGUGGAUCAACAGAAGAAUCUCCCCAAGGGUCAGGAUCUUGAUACAAGUACUUACAAGGUGUAA